CCCGCUCCCUGAGAAGACAUUGGGUGCCGCGCCGCUGGGGACGGGACACCGGAGCCCUGGCCGGACGAGGUGGGAGCGCGGCGAUGAGGAGGAGCCAGGGCUGCCCCGGGCCGGCCGGCCGGUGCCAUGACAACGCGGGAGGAGGCGAGGCGAGUUCCUCCCUGUGACUGCUGCGCCGGCCCCCAGUGGGCGGCGGCGGCGGGCGGCAUGGCCAGGCAUGCAGCGCGGCACGAGCCUCACUUCCCGGCCUGGCCGCUAAGAUGGCGACUCCCAUGCACCGCCUCAUCGCUCGGAGACAGGCGGAGGCAAACAAGCAGCAUGUAAGAUGUCAGAAGUGUUUAGAGUUUGGACAUUGGACAUAUGAAUGUACAGGGAAGAGAAAAUACCUACAUAGACCUUCGAGGACAGCCCAGUUAGCGAAAAUUCUUAAAGAAAAAGAAAAGCAACUAUUACUGCAACAAAGCGCUGGAGAAAGUACUGCAGAACGGAAGACCAAGAAAAAGAGACCUAAAAGUGUAACUAGUUCCAGCAGCAGUAGCAGUGACAGUUCGGCUAGUGAUUCCUCAUCUGACAGUGAAGAUUCUUCUACCUCCUCUUCUUCUGAUGAUAGUGACAGUGAUGAGAGCUCCUCUACUUCCUCGUCUUCACCAUCUUCGAGUAGUACUUCCUCUUCUUCGGAGUUUGAAUCAGAUUCUAGUUCCUCCAGCAGUAGCAGCAGCAGCACAGACAGUAGUUCCGAUGAGGAGCCACCAAAGAAAAAGAAGAAGAAAUAGUGUGGUACAGUAUAGGACUGUUGUUUAGCAAAUAUUAAUGCUCCUCAAAGAUGUUCUGAGCACAUGGUUGUCAAACAGUUUAACUAGUCAACAUUUUUACUGCUAAAACUUUCUAAAUGUUUUGCAUAGUUGUUCAUAGGGUGUGAAAGAUAUUAAAUGCCACGUGAGACUUACUGAAAGAGUAUUUUUGUGGUUUAUCCUUUUAUGGGAAAUUUUACUUUUUUCGUUUAAAAAUCUAUCAUCAGAUUUGUUUGUAUGAGCUAAGGUCUAGUAACCUGGAUGUUUACAUGCUGGAAAGCAAAAGCUUUUUAUUGCAGAUCAUGCUGCGCAUUAUAUGCUACUACUUUGUUUAUGGCAGCUUCACUCACGUAGAAAAUCCUCUAACCUAUUUGGAGCAGAAGUUUUACACUGCUGGCUGUAGAGCACUGUCAUUGUUGAAACUGAAUGCACAAUGUUGCACACAGAGGGCCUUCCAUCUCACUGUUAACAAAUGUAUUAUAUGCUGCUGAGCUUUUUUUUUUCUGAGGGCUUUUCCUGAUGCUUCCAGGUCGAGUCUUAACUGCAACAUAAAACUUUAAAUAGUGUUCAAUAUAUUACUUGUCCUGUAUAGAAGCUUUAGUAUUUUCAGCUUGCCUGUUUCCUUAGCUCGCAUAUUUGUAGUCUUUACUGAGACACAGAGUGUCUCCUCCAGCAGUGUCUGUGUGAGAGAGAAGCAGUGCACAGUGGGAGAGUUAUGACUGAUGCUGCUUAGGAGUUUCAUCUUUGUGCCUUUUUUUGUAAAUUAAAUGUAUCCUAGUGAGAGAAGGGCUUGAGUGGGUGUUUUUCAGAACUCCAUUAGCUUUCCAAACAGAAUAUGGUCAGUAAAAUUAGAGAAAUAGUAGUGACAAACAAAAAUGGGCACUAUUUUCAAGAAGAUAGGAAAAAGGCUAUUUUCACUCAAUAAGAAAAGGAAUCACCUUUAAGUAGAGGUCCCAAGUGUUUCUCUUUUGAUAUUUUUUCAAAAAAAAUUGUUGUGUAAUGCAAGAUUACUAAUCUGUUGUUGGGCACAGGGUUACUGGCAUUAUAGUUUGCAGUAUAAUCAGUCCGUUGUUUGUCUGUAAUAGUGUGUACAUUUCUGUGAAAAUCUGACAUGGGAGAAACAAAUUAGUGCAAAAAAAAAAAAAAGCACAAACCAACCAACAAAAGCAAAAUUCAAACAUACUGCAGAGCAAGUAUUUCUGGUUACAAAAUGGAAGUUAUUUGUUCUUUUGGUGAAUUGAAGCCAUUGGCAUUAGUAUUUUUAAUUUGUGAUGCUAUCUCCUAAAUUUCUUAUUGUUGGAGUGCCCGUUUUUGGGGAGGGGGCAUCACAUGUGGAAGAAUACUUAAAUAUCUUGGUUUAGGUAAAAUAUAGUAACUAAACUAUUUUUUAUAUUUUUAUGGAAAAAAGUAGUGUGUAGAAUUACUUUUGAAUAAACUGUGUUUAUUUAAAUGUUUGAAGAUAUGUAUGUUGUGUGUUUUAGUCUGUAAUCAUUACUGUGUUUUACAGAACACUCUGCAGACUGUAAAUAAAAUGACCAGAAAAUUG